CAUCCCUGCUUGCCAAACCAUCGUGCGUCCGACAUCUUCAGCGACACGUUCUCAAUGAUCAAGAAAUAGAGCAAUGCCUCACAUCGUUGGUCAGACGGCGUGGUGGAGCGCUCGGCUUGGGACUGGUCUGGGGUGAAGCUGCUUAUCAGAUCGAGACAUGACGGAUCUGAAGACAGGGGCAUCCAACUAUAAGUACAGCUGCUGUCUGCAAGUACACUUCAUUCACUCGCCAAUUCAAACCAAUAAGUCCUCUCAAAUCUUCACUACUCGCGAAAAUGGCCAAACUCUCUGCUACUUGGAUUCGGAUCGCUUCGAGCAAUCGUCUCAGGCGUUCAUCGCAAGCAGUCUCGGCAAUCGGGAACCAAGCGUUCGUCUUUGGUGGUGAACUCCUCCCCCGAGAGCCUGUAGACAACCAACUCGAUGUUGUCGAACUCCUGUCCGAGAAAGGCUCGGCUUCCGCCAAGACCAUCUCCACCGACACCGAAACCCCAUCUCCAAGAGUCGGAGCCCCUAGCACAGUGCUGAAAGAUGCCUUCUACCUCUUCUCCGGCCGCGGCGGAAUCGCCAUGGAGCCUGUCGAGGAAUCUGGCAGCGUCUGGCGAUACACCCCCACCCAAGCUCGGUGGGAUCUACUCAAGCCGACCGACGCAACGGCACCACACCCAGCCGGGCGCAGCUACCACUGUACUGCCUCGGACGGUAACACGACCAUCUACAUCCACGCAGGAUGCCCAGAGAAAGGCCGCCUCGCCGAUCUAUGGUCCUUCAACAUCGAGUCAAAGACGUGGAAGGAGCUCGCGGCAGCGCCUCCCCCAGCACGCGGCGGCGCGUCCAUCGCCUUUUCUGGAGGUAAGUUAUACCGUAUCAAUGGCUUUGAUGGCACUUCCGAGCAAGGCGGUUCUCUCGAUGUGUACGAUCCCGCUUCCGCUGCGUGGUCCACGAUUACCUAUAACCCGGACGGUGUCGAGGGCCCCGAAGCGCGAAGUGUAUCGGCUCUCGUCGCGGUUGAAGUAAGCCGUAAGCCGCAUCUUGUGACGCUGUUCGGCGAGCGUGAUCCUAGUUCGUUGGGCCACGCUGGUGCUGGGAAGAUGCUAUCGGACGUGUGGGCUUUCGAUAUUGAGGCCGGGAAGUGGGAGAAGGUCUUGUUCGAGGGGGGUGCGCCGCCGCCGAGGGGCUGGUUUGAUGCGGACGUGGUGGUUGAUGGGGGCAAGCAGGCUGUGGUUGUACAUGGAGGUCUUGCUGAAGAUAACUCGAGGCUGGGAGACAUCUGGAGACUCGACUUCAUCUAGAAUGUAGCAUCUUGAUGGCCAG